UACUAGUUAUCCUUGCCUGCUUCACAGCGGUGCAUGUAGCUAUCUGCUCAGAACUACACGGAUCAAAUUGUUGCUAGCAUAUUUACCAUUUUCAAAACAUUAUUAGCAUAUUACUUAGAUACGAAGUUUAAAUAUUCUGCGGAAGUCAACCGAUCUCUGUUUAGUUUUCGCAAACGUUUGAAAAUGUUGAGCAGUGUUUCUCUCCGGGCUCAGAUCGCUUCCAUCAUAGAGGUACUUUCUAAAGCUGCGGUUUCAGAAAUUAGCAAAGUAGUCGACGAUGGCAUAGUUGUGUUACGUGUGGAAAUGUGUCGACGGGAAAAUGAAAUCAACGUCCUGAAAAAGAAUGUACAACAACUUGACAGCGAGCUUCGAAGAGCUCGAGGGAUUCAACCUCGAAAACGCAUCCAUCAUGGUCAAACAGUCGCUGCUGAGAAUCUUGGGAGAAAAGGGCCUGGUAAAAAUGGUACCACUUGUGUGAGGAGGACCUCAGUUGAGAAGCUGCAGCCUGAGGGAGACGGCAAUGGAAAGGAUGAAGGCGUUGGACCUGCGGAUGAGACUCUGGUCAAGAUUGAGCCGGGAGGGGAGGGUGAACAGGAAGAGCAGACUACAAGGAGAAAAGACGAGGAUCGUCUUGAUGUUGAACUGUCAACGUACGAGAGAGACAGCCAGCCGUGGAUGCCCGGUACACAAGAAGACAAUGAUAUGGAGACAAACUCACUGUGUCUCCCUGAUCACUCUCCUGAACCUUCCGGAAUGACGGCAGCUUCAUGCAGCAGUGUUUCAUUUCCAGGGAAACCAUAUUUGGAGUCAAAUGUCAGAGAGGAUAUGAUUUUACAACUCAGACAGCAACAACGUUAUAGGCAGUCAGAAGCGCUCAGGAGAACAAGCGACGGCACGGUAAAGUCAAACCCAGACCCUCAAAGUGAAUUCGGUUUUGGCCCGAAUUACAAUACGGCAAGGAGAGCGAGGACCAAGAGAUUUUUCCAGGUUAAUAAACACUUCAUUUGCACACUGUGUGGAAAGAGUUUUGAACGUUACAGCCAUCUUGAAAGACAUCUGCGAAUUCAUACGGGUGAGAAACCGUAUAGCUGUGACAUAUGUGGAAGGUGUUUCAACCAGAAGGGUAGCCUCAAAGGACAUCUGAAGACUCACAGAGUAUCGAUGGACGGACUAGCUAACAACGAAGAGAAGCCUCUCCUGGAUGGACGUCAGUCUGAGGAAGAGCGUUGCAACGGAAAGUACGAAGUGUUCCAAACUGCUCCUCAGAUGCCCAUGAAGUCUGAGCCAGGGGAGGAGAAGGAUGCAUUCCAGACACUAGAUCAUAAAGCAGGAGAACAGACUGCAGGGAGAGCAGAACAGCAACUGGAUGAUGACUUGUCAACGUACGAGAGAGACGGCCGGCCGUGGAUGUCCAGUUCACAUGCAGACAACGAUAUGGAGACGAGUAAUUCAGAAUAUUUCAUCAGUUCAGGUCAGAACUCCAAGUGUUUCACUGAUCACUCUCCUGUACCUCCCAGUUCAGGUCAGAACUCCCAGUGUCUCACUGAUCACUCUCCUGUACUUCCUGUCCCAGGAAGGGUGGAGGCGUCAUGUAGCAGUGCUUCAUCUCCAGGGAAACCAUAUGUAGAUGUCAGCGAGGAUAUGAUUUUACAGCUCAGACAGCAACAUUAUGGACCUUCAGACACACUCUUGAUAGCAAGUGACGGUACAGUACAGCCAAACUCGCAGGUCACGGACGGGGCUUCUCUGAACCAUCCUCCCAUCUUCUCCAGUUUUCCGGAAAGGAAGUUGAAAACCUUCCAAGGAGUCACCAAGGACAAGAAGUGCUUCAUCUGCUCAUUCUGUGGGAAGGUUUUUGAGCGUGUUGGUCAUCUGGAAAGGCACCAGCGAAUUCAUACGGGUGAGAAACCGUAUAGUUGUGACAUAUGUGGAAGGUGUUUCAACCAGAAGGGUAGCCUCAAAGGACAUCUGAAGACUCACAGAGACGGCGCUGACAUGCUAACGGGUCUACCUCCGCUAGAUGAUAAAAAGCCUGACGUUUAUCCUAGACCCUCGGAGAACCCAGGGGAACUGAGGGAUCAGCCCUCAUCUGCUGAAGCACAGCCUAGCUCCGGGCACAGUGAGGAGGAGGAGGGCAGGGGGCAGGGGUUGGUGGGGGGCGCAGAGAAAGAGAAGCAGUUUGAAUCCCAGAUACUCAGUCAGUCAGGACCUCAACACCAACAAAGCACAGAGCGACCAGGUUACCAGGACGACCCAGAGUAUGUCAUGGAUGAGAGGGAGAGUCAGCUGUGUAGAUCUUUCACAGAGAGGCACAGUGAUAUGGAGUCUGGAUCACUAAAUCCAGGUUGCUCCUUCGAUGCGACAAAGCAGCAGAACUCCCAUCCUGUUUCACCCAGUGUCAAAUACCAUCACAGUCCUUUUGAUGGACUGCACCACCACCACGGGUUCUAUACGUCAGCUUCUAGAGAGGUGGAACUUCAACACUUGUCUUUUCAGGAUGAGAAAGACAAGUUGGAUGUGAUUGAGCAAGAGCAGUAUGCAGGGGUGGUUCUACAUGCAAGGAACAGGGAGGAUGGUGAUGGAACAGUACUACCUAGGUUUCAGGACCGGGUACCACCGUCACCACUACCUGUAGAGGAGGAAACUGCAAUGAGAGCGUACAUCACAGAACCAAACUACAGUCAAGAGGGGAUUUUAUUUGCCCUUGGCAUAGACAGUUUUGACAGUACAGAGGGAACCAGUGCCACUACAGACGACACAAGAAAUAGAUGUUUCAUAUGCUCCUUUUGUGGAAAGAGUUUUGAUCGCCAUAGUCAUUUUGAAAGACACCUGCACACUCAUACUGGUGAGAAGCCCUACAGCUGUGAGAUAUGUGGUAAGACUUUCACCCAGAAGAGCAGCCUGAAAGCUCAUCAGAGACUUCAUACAGGUUAAUCAAGGGCCAAAGCGUAUUUGUUUGCAUUUCAAAUGGCACCCUAUUCCCUAUACAGUUGCAAGAAACAGUAUGUGAACCCUUUGGAAUUACCUGGAUUAGGGUCAUAAAAUGUUACCUGAUCUUCAUCUAAGUCACAACAAUAGACACACAGUCUGCUUAAACUAAUAAUACACAAAUUAUUGUAUUUUUCUUGUCUAUAUUGAAUACAUAAUUUAAACAUUCACAGUGUAGGUUGGUAAAAGUAUGUGAACCCCGAGGCUAAUGACUUCUCCAAAAGCUCAUUGGAGUCAGGAGUCAGCUAACCUGGAGUCCAAUCAACGAGACGAGAUUGGAGAUGUUGGUUAGAGCUCCUCUGCCAUUCUGCUAUUCACUAGAAGCUGUCAACCACGCCUCGAACAAACAACAUCUCAGAAGACCUAAGAUUAAGAAUAGUUGACUUGCAUAAAGCUGGAAAGGGGUACAAAAGUAUCUCUAAAAGCCUUGAUGUUCAUCAGUCCACGGUAAGACAAAUUAUCUAUAAAUGGAGAAAGUUCAGCACUGUUGCUACUAGAGGUCGACCGAUUAAUCGGAAUGGCAGAUUAAUUAGGGCAGAUUUCAAGUUUUCAUAACAAUCAGUAAUCUGCAUUUUUUUGACACCGAUAAUGGCAGAUUACAUUGUACUCCACGGGGAGACUGCUUGACGGCUGACUACGUGUUAUGCGAGUGCAGCAAGGAGCCAAGGUAAGGUGCUAGCUAGCAUUAAAUUUAUCUUAUAAAAAACAAUCAAUCUUAACAUAAUCCCUAGUUAACUCCACAUGGUUGAUGAUAUUACUAGUUUAUCUAGCUUGUCCUGCGUUGCAUAUAAUUGAUGCGCUGCCUGUUAAUUUAACAUUGAAUCACAGCCUACUGUUCCAAAUGGGUGAUUUAACAAGCGCAUUCGUGAAAAAAGCACUGUCGUUGCACCAAUGUGUACCUAACCAUAAACAUCAAUGCCUUUUAAAAUCAAUACACAAGUAUAUAUUUUUAAACCGGAAAUAUUUAGUUAAUACUGCCUGCUAACAUGAAUUUCUUUUAACUAGGGAAAUUGUGUCACUUCUCUUGCGUUCUGUGCAACAGAGUCGGGGUAUAUGCAGCAGUUUGGGCCACCUGGCUCGUUGCGAACUGUGUGAAGACCAUUUCUUCCUAACAAAGACAGCCAACUUCGCCAAACGGGGAUGAUCUAACAAAAGCGCAUUUGCAAAAAUCACAAUCGUUGCACAAAUGUACCUAACCAUAAACAUCAAUGCCUUUCUUAAAACCAAUACACAGAACUAUAUAUUUUUUUAUCUGCAUAUUUAGUUAAAAGAAAAUGGCAAAUUGUCACUUCUCUUGCGUUUAUUGCACUCAGAGUCAAGGUAUAUGCAACAGUUUGGGCCGCCUGGCUCAUUGCGAACUAAUUUGCCAGAAUUGUACUUAAUUAUGACAUAACAUUGAAAGUUGUGCAAUGUAACAGCAAUAUUUACACUUAUGGAUGCCACCCAUUUAGAUAAAAUACGGAACGGUUCCGUAUUUCCCUGAAAGAAUAAACGUUUUGUUUUAUAAAUGAUAGUUUCCGGAUUUGACCAUAUUAAUGACCUAAGGCUCGUAUUUCUGUGUGUUAUAUUAUAAUUAAGUCUAUGAUUUGAUAGAGCAGUCUGACUGAGUGAUGGUAGGUUGCAGCAGGCUCGUAAGUAUUCAUUCAAACAGCACUUUCCUGCAUUUGCCAGCAGCUCUUCUCUGUGCUUCAAGCAUUGAGCUGUUUAUGACUUCAAGCCUAUCAACUCCUGAGAUUAGGCUGGCAAUACUAAAGUACCUAUUAGGACAUCCAAUAGUCAAAGGUAUAUGAAAUACAAAUGGUAUAGAGAGAAAUAGUCCUAUAAUUCCUAUAAUAACUACAACCUAAAACGUCUUAUCUGGGAAUAUUGAAGACUCAUGUUAAAAGGAACCACCAGCUUUCAUAUGUUCUGAGCAAGGAACUGAAACGUUAGCUUUUUUACAUGGCACAUAUUGCACUUUUACUUCCUUCUCCAAAACUUUGUUUUUGCAUUAUUUAAACUAAAUUGAACAUGUUUCAUUAUUUAUUUGAUACUUAAUUGAUUUUAUUGAUCUAUUAAAAUAAGUGUUCAUUCAGUAUAGUUGUAAUUGUCAUUAUUUUAUAUAUAUAUAUAAAAAUUGUCAGAUUAAUCGAUAUCAGCUUUUUUGGUCCUCCAAUAAUCUGUAUCGGCAUUGAAAAAUCAUAAUCGGUCGACCUCUAGUUGCUACUCUCCCUAAGAGAGUGGCUGUCCCUGCAAAGAUUACUGCAAGAGCACAGUGCAUAAUGCUCAAUGAGGUUAAGAAGAAUCCUAGAGUGUCAGCUGAAGACUCUGGAACAUGAUAACAUCUGAGUCUACGAUAUGUAAAACGCUAAGCAAGAAUGGUGUUCAUGGGAGGACACCACGGAAGAAGCCACUGCUGUCCAAAAAAAAACAUUUUUGCAAAAGAGAACCUGGAUGUUCCACAGCGAUACUGGCAACAUAUUCUGUGGACAGAUGAAACUGCAUUUGAGUUGUUUGGAAGGAACACAACACUAUGUGUGGAGAAAAAAGGCACAGCACACCAACAUCAAAACCUCAUCCCAACUGUAAAGUAUGGUGGAGGGAGCAUCAUGGUUUGGGGCUGCUUUGCUGCCUCAGGGCCUGGACAACUUAAACUUGCAAAAUCAUUUUUCUGUUGAUCAAUACAUUAUGCAGGAGAAUGUUAGGCUAUCUGUCUGCCAAUUGAAGCUCAACAGAAGUUGGGUGAUGCAACAGGACAAUGACCCAAAACAACAGAAUGGCUUCAACAGAAGAAAAUACACCUGGAGUAGCUCAGUCAGUCCUGACCUCAACCCGAUUUGAGAUGCUGUGGCAUGACCUCGUGUGUGGUUCACACCAGACAUCCCAAGAAUAUUGCUGAACUGAAACAGUUUUGUAAAGAGGAAUGGUCUAAAAUGACUCCUGACCGUUGUGCAGGUCUGAUCCGCAACUACAUACAAUGUUUUGUUGCCAAAGGAGGGUCAACCUGUUAUUAAAUCCAAGGGUUCACAUACUUUUUCCACCUUGCACUGUGAAUGUUUACACAGCGUGUUCAAUAAAGACAUGAAAACAUAUCAUUUUUUGUGUGUUAGUUGAAGCUGACUGUUUGUCCUCUUGUUGUGACUUAGAUGAAGAUCAGAUAACAUUUGAUGACCAAUUUAUGCAGAAGUCCAGGUAGUUCCAAAAGGGUUCACAUACUUUUUCUUGCCACUGUAGUACACUACCACUGUAGUACACUACCACUGUAGUACACUACCACUGUAGUACACUAUCUUUGACCAGAGACCAAAGUAGUGUACUAUGUAAGAAAUGGAUUAUAAUUUGGGAUGCACCCUAAAUGAAAGUUGUUUCGUCCUCAUCAAAACCGGUUAAUGAGUAUGGGACAUUUGGCUGCUAUUGGUAACAGUUUAGAAGUCCAACUAAAUUGUGAUAAGAUGUCAUAUUUGUUUCCAAUACAUUUUGUGUGUUUAAAAAAAAAAAAAAUCCUUUAUUGAACAAAGUCAAGUCAGUUAAGAACAAAGUCUUAUUUACAAUGACAGCCUACCCCGGCCAAACCUGGACGACGCUGGGCCAAUGGGAGUCCUAUGGGACUCCCAAUCACGGCCGGAUGUGAUGCAGCCUGGAUUCGAACCAGGGACUGUAGUGACACCUCUUGCACUGAGAUGCAGGGCCUUAGACUGCUGCACCACUCGGGAGCCCAAAGGAUGUUAAAGAUAUUCAAAUGCUGGGGCUAUGGAAAAAUGAACAUUUUUAGUAGUUCUUAGUUUAUAAAGUUGUCAUCAGGUAUCUCUCCAAUAAUGUAUAUAGAAGGGAGGGGGGGGAAAAAGGUGUUUUUAAGGAAAAACUAUUUAAUUAUUCAACGUUUUACUUUUCUUCCUGCAUCAAACGUAUGGAUCAAUGAUCCAAUUUAACAUGUGGGCUACAUAUCUAUUUGUUUUGUAUGAAGACGUUGAUGGUAGGGUUGUUUAUUACUCAAUGGGUAUGUUUACAUGCACAGUAAUAAUUCAAUAUUAAACUGAUUAUGUAAGUAAGCAUAUUAUGCAAUAGUCAUGUAAGCAGAGUAAGGCGUUUUAUCUUAAUCGGCGUAAGGUCAAAAUUGAAGGCAUACGCCGAUUAAAACACCUGGUUUUCUGAGUAAUCUUUCUAAUUAUUAGAACGCCUUAAAAGGAUCGGACCCUUUUAUUUUCAUUUUUUUUUGCCUAAAAUGACAUACCCAAAUCUAACUCCCUUUAUUUAGCUCAGUACCUGAAGCAAGGAUAUGCAAAUUCCUAAUAACAAGUUUGUGGAAAUGUGAAAUGAAUGAAGGAGAAUAUAACACAUUAGAUCUGGUAAAAGAUAAUACAAAGAAAAACUUUUCUAUUUUUAUUUUUUGUUCCAUCUUUGAAAUGCAAGAGAGAGGCCAUUAUAUCACUUAGCAGUGUAGGAGAAAUUUAGAUUUUGGCCACUAGAUGGGAGCAGUGUAUGUGCAAAGUUUUAAACUGAUCCAAUGAACCAUUGCAUUACUGUUCACAAUGUUGUAUCAAGUCUGCCCAACUGUGCCGAAUUGGUCAAUUGAUACAUUUUCAAGUGCAUAACUAUAGACAACAUACAAAAAUGUUAUGGUAAUACGAAAUUUAAGUUUACACACUCCCAGGAAUGUCAUAAAUGAAGGAUAAUUAGCUUCCCUACAGAAACACUAACCUUCACACAUCUAGAUGGUGGGGAACCCAGUUCCUACAUUUGAAUAUAAAAACGGAUUUUAUCAAACAGAACUAUACUACAUUUGAUCUCUGGGACCCUCAGGGUGACAUAUCAGAGCAAGAUUACUGAAUGUAAGUACAUUAUUUACCUUCAGAGGUGAAUGUAUCAAACCAGUUGCCGUGAUUAAUAGUUUUGUUGUUGUGCACUCUCCUCAAACAAUAGCAUGAUAUUUUUCACUGUAAUAGCUACUGUAAAUUGGACGGUGCAGUUAGAUUAACAAGAAUUUAAGCUUUCUGACCAUAUAAGACAUGUCUAUGUCCUGGGAAAUCUUCUUGUUACUUAUGUCAUGCUAAUCAUAUUAGCGCACGUUAGCUCAACCGGACAUGCAUCAGUCAUUUCAAAGCUCACUACAUUGAAUUACACAAUUUCCAAGCCCAUUUCAUAGAGAAUGUUACAAAACUGUACUUCAUUUAGUAACUUACUUUGAAGAGAUGAGGAUUGGGUCUAAAUAGGGUUUUGGUGUUUGGUACUCUUAAUUCAGUAUACUCCUCUUUAACUGCCAUUUCCUGAAAGUCAGACUUACCACAUGCCAACUCCUUUUCAGCAGCAUCAGCAUUCACCACUUUGUUUGGUUAUCCUUAGAUCUAUUAUCCAGACUUGCCCAGAGGGAAUUGUUGAUAUGCUGUACAUGUUUUAUUCUAGGUAACAUUUUAUUUGUAAAAAUGUAAAUAUCUUUAUUUUACUGAUAGAAAGAUGAAGAAAAAAAAUAUUUAUCCACAAUCUGCUCUGGACAAGUCUGGUGCUGGACUGUCUUAAAAUUAAAUUAAAAUAUUUAGGCUGACUUCAAUUCAGUGUCCAGAAAAAUUUAUUUAUGUUGUAUGUGCAUAUUUAAUUAUGUAUAGCCUCAUUUGCAUAUUAGUAAAAAAAAACAUUUGGCUACAUUCAACUAGUAAAAGUUGUUUUAAGUGUAAAAAAAUACAUCUCUGUUAGGGUGUGGUUCCUGGACUUAAUCAGCAUUCUACCUGUGUAUUUGAUCUGCACAUGUGCUUGCGCCAGCCGAGCGAGCCUCACUCUUUAGUGCGAGUGAAGUGAGUUCAGAACAACGGGUCUUAGAAGUAGUUUUCACAAACUUUUAUAUGUCUGAACUCUAAUCAAAUAUGCCUCACAAAAAUAACAUGGUCACUGUGGUAGAAUGUUUAUUUUAGUUGGCAAUUUUCUGCAUUUAUCAGUGCCAUCGGGUAGCCUGAUUUGAAGAUGUCCAUGUAAACAAGAUUAUUAGGGAAAUGGCUCUUCUUGCAAAGCAUGUAAACGUUUUAAUCAAAUUAUUAUAUUAAUCAGACGAUUCACAAUCGCAUUAUUGUGUGCAUGUAACCGUACUCGUUGAGUAGUUCAAAUGCUAGAUUUCCUAUGUUCAAAAACGCACUCUUAAAUUUGCUUUGUUGUUUCGUAUCUGCUGGUGUAUUCUUUAAUAAAUGUAAAAUUCUGAAUGCAAA